CUAGUAACUAAACUAUCAAACGAGUCAGCGACACGAAGUACUAAGUAAAAAUGACAAAACUAUUGGUCUUGUGUCUUGUUUUGAGUGCGUUAUUGGUUUCGAGCCACUGCACUGAUUCGGAGAGUGAAGUCAUCGUCAAAGACGGCCACCGCGUUGUCGUGGUGGAGUACGACAGAGACGGCAAAACCAACACUAGAGUCUCGAUUCAACCGCCGGGAAAAGAAGAAGAGAAGAGAAGAGACAAAGGAGAAGUACUGUUUGGGAAUGCGAAUAGGGAAACGUCGUCGUUUCAUUCAGAAGAGAAGGAGCGUGAACACCACGUGUCCCCAGGGGAACUCGUAUGCGAUGCUCUCGGUAAGUGUAAGCUCAAGAUGGCGACUGUGUUGGGGAGAUUCAAGGACCUAACGCCUGGUGACGAACUAUUCGAUGAAACGCCCAAAGAGACCGUCGCACGUGCGGCACGUGACGUGGAAAAGAAAGCUCGUGAAGUUGAGGAACCGGUGAAUGAAAGGGCCACAAAGAAGGCUCAUAAGUCCCACAACGUUUGGGAGGAGGCAAAGAUCGCGGUGAGGGGGAUAGGGACUACGGUUGGGAAGGCGCUUGGGCUGACGAAGAUUGGGAGCGUGGUAGGUCUAGUGGGGAUCGCGGCGGCGUACGGGAUGUGCGUGUGGGUGACGUUCGUGUCGGGCUACGUGUUGGGGUCGGUUCUUGGGAGGCAGCAAUAUGAUGUGGUGCAGAGCAAGAUGUAUCCGGUGUACUUCAAGGCAGUCUCUGUAGGAAUCCUGAUUGCGUUGUUAGGACACGUCAUCAGCCGGCGCCGGAAGGUUUUUACCGAUGCGGUGGAUAUGUGGCAAGCCGUUAACCUCUUGUCCUCGAUCUUGAUGGUCGAAGCUAAUGCCUCAUUUGUUGACCCACGAGUCACCAAGGCAAUAUUUGAGCGGAUAAAAGCUGGAAAAGAAGAUGGAAGAGGACUUGACACGCCAGAUUCACAGUCAAGUGAAACAGCGGCUCAAACCAUCGGUAAGAAGAUUAGAGAGAAGAUGGACGAGGAUGGGGUGAAGCAGCGACUGAAAAAGCUGAGUGAGAGGCAUUGUAGAUUAAAUGCUUACUCAUCGCGGCUAAAUUUACUAACUCUCAUAUCUCUCACUUGGCACUUUGUGUAUCUCGGCCAUCGACUAAACCUUACUUGAUGAUGGAUCAAGCCAUCGAUACAUUUACUUGGUUUUACAUUGGCUGGUUAAAAUGUUUGUUUUACUUAAUAUUUGUUGGAUUUUCUUAGUCCAACUCAAGUCCCCAUUAGUAUGAUAUUGUCCGCUUUGAGCUCAAAAGUUCGUACGGAUUUGUUAUUGGACUAUUUUUCAAAAGGUCUCGUAGGUUUGGAUUUGAUU